GCUACGAUCGGCCGUACGUAGGUUGUCAUUGUGGAGAUGGAGCUCAGCGCCGAGGAAGACCGAACAUUCACCCAAGACACACGCGAUGGAUCAUCCGACUGCAACAUGCAUUGUAUAAUUGGCUGCUAAUACGGGACAUGAAGAUAGAACACCGGGAACGCGGGGCAAGCGGAUCCCAGAGGACCAGGGUUGGACCAGGGUGUGCAGAGAUCUGUCAGAUGAGCAGUCAGUUAGAUGUCGGGCGAAGAACGGAACUAUCGAAGUGAUGAAGAGCCUCAGUCGUAUAAUGAUGAGUCCCCAUACAUGAGGUCGGACAUAUGCUUGUAAUUGUUAAAAUCAUCGGCAACGAGAAGACGGAAGUGCACGGGUACAUGAGGGACACUUACCCAUAAAAUGAACAAUCUCGCCUAUCCACUGGUACAACACUCCGAUGUUUCGACAUACAUACCUCGGUCAGGACCAGGUACGCAGCAGCGGUAGAGGUACGCUGCCCACUGCGGCAUAUUCGCGUGUCAGUGGGCAACAGCCUAUCGCAGUAGCCCACAGGCCGAGACCAUAUCACCAAAAACGUACGAGCCGACCUACCACAAAACGUCCUUGACAGUGUUUCGCCUGUUCUGCGCGGCCGUCGAGCACAUCGAAGUCAAGAGAGUAAAGGUCUGGCAAAAAAGGCCAGCGAAAAGAACAGAGGCGCGUUGGCAC